AUGUAAAAUUCAGACAACUCAGACGAAUACUAUAGCGAUGAUCAACAAGAAUCACCCAGGUUUCUGUACAACCUUAAGGAGAUAAGUCUUUAAAAUAAAACCCAAUUGGCUGAAAUCAGAAUCAUAUGCAAAAACCUAAUCUAUGUGAUAGGCUUGGCACCCUAGCAUAGCAAAGGAGGAAGUAUCAAAUAUUUCAUUAGUCAAAAGCUACUAAAGAAGCCAGAGUAUUUUGGACAGUAUGGCUAAAUCCAAAAAUUAAUAGUAAUUUAGAGCAACACUUUUAAUCCACCUUCACAUGCUGCCUAUAUUACAUACAGGAAUGAGCAAGAAGCAUCGAUGGCGAUUUUAGUAUACAUUAUAUUUAAAAUUUAUGGCAUGCGAAAGAAUUUCCACUGCAUGACAGAUAUGUGA